GGUCCUCCAUUAUCUACCCCCCACCUCUUCCAUUAUCUGCCCCCGGCCCUCUAUCUGCCCCGUCCUUUCCCCAUCUCUUACCCAGAUGCAAAGAGCAGUCGGUAAUCGGAUGAGAGCAGAUUUGAUUCAAAAGGCUUCAGUUAAAAUCUCAGGCAGCAGGAUUUAAACUCACUCUGCAGCCUCUUACCGCCGCAGCUCCGCCUCCUCGCCGUUAAUGCACUUCAGCAGCAGCAGCAGCAGCAGCGGCAGCAGCAGCAGCAGCGUUUAAUCACAUGAACAAUGAACAGCAGGAAAAGGCUCAAACUCUCAUUAUCAGAGCAGGUUCACAUCUGGAGCUGAAACACAAACUUCACUAAAUAAAGCUUGAAUCUGAUGUAAAACGCCGUUUAUUUCCUGCAACAUGUGAUUUAAUGUGGACAUCAUAUUUACUUCAGCUUCACGUGACCCGGCCAAGUCCAUUAAAUCAAACCUUCCACAGUCACUCCCUUCCUCUCCUUGUCACUUCAAACAAAUUAGAGGCAAAUCCAGUGGGUCAUGUUUAGACGGGAACAUUCAUUCAGACGGACGCUGCAGGACGAGAACAUCAGCUCAGGUUCUCCCCAAAACACUCCAAGGAUUUCCAGCUUUCCUGACUUCUGUCCUCCUCCAGUGACUGAUAACCUUCGCCAUGGGUGAAAUGGAGCAACUGAGGAAGGAGGCCGACAGCCUCAAAGACCAGAUCACAGCGGCCCGGAAGGCGGUGCAGGACACCACCCUGCAGGAGGCGUCGGCCAGCAUCACUGUGGUGGGUCGAGUCCAGAUGAAGACCAGGAAAACGCUCAGAGGUCACCUGGCGAAGAUCUACGCCAUGCACUGGUCCACCGACUCCAAGUUGUGUGUCAGUGCGUCCCAGGACGGAAAACUGAUUGUGUGGGACAGCAUCACAACCAACAAGGUGAACGCCAUCCCCCUGAAGUCGUCCUGGGUGAUGACCUGUGCGUACGCCCCGUCAGGUAACAUGGUGGCCUGCGGCGGUCUGGACAACAUGUGCUCCAUCUACAACCUGAAGGGCAAAGAUGGAAACGUGAAGGUGAUGCGAGAGCUGGCGGCGCACACAGGUUACCUGUCCUGCUGCCGCUUCCUGAGCGACAGCGAGAUCAUCACCAGCUCAGGAGACUGUACCUGCGUUCUGUGGGACAUUGAGACGGGAACCCAGAAGACGGUGUUUGCUGGACAUCAGGGCGACUGCAUGUCUCUGGCCGUUUCUCCAGACUUCAAGUUCUUCAUCUCAGGCGCCUGCGACUUCACGGCCAAGCUGUGGGACAUCAGGGAGGGAAACUGCAGGCAGACGUUUGGAGGCCACGAGAGCGACAUCAACGCCAUCGGGUUCUUCCCGAACGGUAACGCCGUGAUCACCGGUUCUGACGAUGCCACCUGUAAAUUGUACGACCUCCGGGCUGACCAGGAGCUCAUCACCUACCAGGACUCCGGCAUCAUGUGUGGCGUCACCUCUCUGGCUCCGUCGCUGUCCGGACGCCUCCUCCUGGCCGGAUACGACGACUUCAACGUCAACAUCUGGGACGCUCUGAAGGCCGAGAGAGUCGGUGUGCUGGCGGGUCACGACAACAGGGUGAGCUGCAUCGGCGUGUCCUCAGAUGGGAUGGCGUGUUGCACUGGAUCCUGGGACAGUUUCCUGAAGAUCUGGAACUGAAGCAGCAGCAGCAGCCGACAGCAGGAAGAAGAAGAUAAAUGAAGUUUGAGGGAGGGCUGGGGGUGAGAAGAAGGUUUUAAACUGUGCCAAGAUGUUGGAGAGGUUCUAAUCUCACCUUUCUUCUCUGGGGGUUGGGGGGGAGGGUCUCGGAAAAGAUCAUUCCUAUCAAUAGUUACACUGUUAAAACAUGCACAUUACUGCAGCAGGUGAACAGUUGCCAAACGAAGGUAGAACACUGAUGAAGGUGUGAAGUUCCAGCAGGCGGAGACUCACACCGACAUGUUUUAUAUCCGAGUUAUGAAUAAUACGAGCUUUUCUGUUUCAGACUGUCAUUUGUUCCUAGUUAGAAUCCUUAGACGCUUACAGCUACUUCCUGUUCUUUUUCUAACUUAAUUAAGAUGGAGUGAUAGUUUGCAGACGUUUAGUGUUUGUUUUGUAUGUGAUCGAUGGAUUCUGGGUGUCGUUGUUUGGCCGAACCCCCCCAGUAGCUGAACAGACGGAUAAUAGCGUGUUUUCAUGGUUCACUGAGCUUUUAGCAGAUGACCUACUUGUGUCGGAACAGACUCUUUGUUAUCUGGAUGCUAGUUUCCCUCUGCAGGCUGCAGCUGAAGGACAGUUUCUGUACAUAGAGACAAUAAAACUAGUUUAGUUGCCUCCUCUGAUUCACUCUGUGCAAACUGAAGCAAUAAUAAACUUGGGGUUCUGCAUCA